GGGGCAGUGCCGGGCGUCCCAUGAGCGCAUGCGCAGGGUUUAGGCGGGACGCUGCGAUUGAGAGUGUGGGUGGGAGCCCUGGGACCCGUGUAGCAGUGCUUUAGCCUCUGGUGGUCGAAGUUGGUGAUGAUUCUAGGAAAGCUGAAGAUCUCCUGGCUGUGUCCUGCACGCGUGCGCGGUUACGCCGUCAGGUGGUUUGUGUGGGAGAGCCUGAGAAUCCCACCUCCCCUUCAUCGAAGGCUGGGCUUGCUUAGUGGAGGACCUGAGGAUGACUGGGUUGAUGAAGUGCUCAAUUGCAGAUUCUGGUUCUCGGAGGAGAGGGCAUCUGCCAUUAUUUCCAAUACUCCUGAGCAGGUGUGUUUGAGCAGGUAACAGGAGGUGGGAAGUGAGAUUCUGGACACUUGGCUCUGGGAUUCUGGAGCAGACACCGCUCUUUUUCGACGCCUGGGGCACCCUGGGUAGUGGACAGACCAAAUUGGAGUUGCAGUUUCUUGCCUUAGGAGAGGCACUGCUACUUCAGUGACCGCACCCCCUUCUCCCCUCCCUGGGAAUGGCUGAUGGACUACAGAUUCUUAGCUUGGUGGAGGGACUAGAGCCUAGGUCAGAUUUAGGUGGAGGGCAUGUGCGCAUGUUACAGGUGCCUGAAUGGGAAGCAGGAACUUGGACUGGUGAUCCUGGGACCCAUGUAGGAGACUGCAGAGUCCUAGGACUUCCACGUUUUGGUCGGAGCCCAGGAAUGACAGGGUUGCAACAACUCCCAUCAAAUCAACAGCUGUUGGGGGAGGAAGCCGGAUGCUGCCCACAUGAUUAUCAACUCAGGACGUCAGGCUCCUGCCGGUGCCUGGAGGAGAGCAUGGAAGAGCAGGAUGAGAAGCCCCCAGGGCCCCUGAAGGCCUGCGCACAGGACUCUCUCCUUCCUCAGGAGAUUAUUGUCAAGGUUGAGAGAGACGAUGCUGGGUCACUGGCUGUCCCAUCCCAGGAAGGAGUGAACUUCAGAAUAGUGACUGUAGACUUCACUCAGGAGGAAGAAGGCACUUUGAAUACUGCUCAGAGGACCCUGGACAGAGAUGUGAUCCUGGAGAACCACAGGGACAUAGUCUCUUGGGAGUCGGUAACUGCACUUGGAAAACGAGAAUCAACAUCAAAGCAGAGCAUUGUUGAUGAUGAACCAUCCCACAGAGUGAAGAUAGAAAGAUUGACAAGAGACAGUUCUUGGUUAUCUUCAUGUGAAGAAGUUCGGGAUUGUGAGGAGCAGUUGGAGAAGCAACAGGAAAAACAAGGGAGACUUUUGAAGGAAGUGAUGUUUACUCACAAGAAAGCUAUUACUCAUGAGAGAAGCAGCAAAAGUGAUGACCUUGAGGAGAAGGGUGGUCUGAAUUCCAGUCUUCUUUCACCCCAAAUGAUACCCGUAAGAAACCAUUUUCAUAAACAUGCCUCACAUAUUAAAAUGCAUUAUAAUUCUAUGGUAAAUGAUCAUCAGAUGAUUAAUGAUAGUGAGAAAGUCUGUGAAAAUAAUGAAUGUGGUGGAAACCUCCCCCAGAGCAUUCAUUUUAUUCAAUUUACAAGAACUCAAACAGAAGAUAAAGCCUAUGGAUUUAGAGACAGUAUUCAACCUUUUAGCCAUUGUACACCCCUAGAUAUACAUGAGAAAAUAUGUACACAAGGAAGAUCCUUUGAUUUUAAGGACUGUGGGCAAGUUUUAAACCAUAGUGUAUCGUGUAAUGAACAACAGAGAAUCUCCAUUGAAGAGAGUCAGUUUAAAUGUAGUAAAACCUCCCAGAGUUCAUCUCCUGCUCAAAACAUGAGAAAUCAUUCUGAGGAGAAACCCUUUGAAUGUAAUCAGUGUGGAAAAUCCUUCAGCUGGAGCUCUCAUCUCGUUGCACAUCAGAGAACUCAUACAGGGGAGAAACCUUAUGAAUGUAACGAAUGUGGGAAAUCAUUCAGCCGCAGUUCUCAUCUCGUUUCCCAUCAGAGAACUCAUACUGGAGAGAAACCUUAUAGAUGUAAUCAGUGUGGGAAAUCCUUUAGCCAGAGCUAUGUCCUUGUUGUGCAUCAAAGAACUCACACUGGAGAGAAGCCUUAUGAAUGCAAUCAGUGUGGAAAGUCAUUCAGACAGAGCUACAAACUUAUUGCCCAUCAAAGAACUCAUACGGGAGAGAAGCCCUACGAAUGUAGUCAGUGUGGAAAAUCAUUUAUUCAGAGCUAUAAACUUAUUGCCCAUCAAAGAAUUCAUACUGGAGAAAAGCCCUAUGAAUGCAAUCAAUGUGGAAAGUCUUUUAGUCAGAGUUACAAACUCGUUGCCCAUCAGAGAACUCACACAGGAGAAAAACCCUUUGAAUGUAAUCAGUGUGGAAAAUCUUUCAGCUGGAGUUCUCAACUUGUUGCACACCAAAGAACUCAUACUGGAGAGAAACCCUAUGAAUGUAAUGAGUGUGGGAAAUCUUUCAACCGCAGUUCUCACCUUGUUAUGCAUCAAAGAACUCAUACUGGAGAAAAGCCCUAUGAAUGUAAUCAGUGUGGGAAAUCCUUCAGCCAGAGUUAUGUUCUUGUUGUACAUCAGAGAACUCAUACUGGAGAAAAGCCCUAUGAGUGCAGUCAGUGUGGGAAGUCAUUCAGGCAGAGUUCAUGCCUUACUCAACAUCAGAGAACUCAUACUGGAGAGAAACCCUAUGAAUGUAAUCAGUGUGGGAAAACGUUCAGUUUGAGUGCUCGACUUAUUGUACAUCAAAGAACUCAUACUGGAGAGAAACCUUUUACAUGCACUCAGUGUGGGAAAGCUUUCAUUAAUAGUUCUAAACUUACUAGGCACCAGGCCACUCAUACUGAAGAGAAACCCUAUGAAUGUAACUAGUUUGGAAAUUUUUCAGCCAAAGUAUCUUCCUUCUUUCCUCCCUCCCUUCCGUCCUGCCCUCCUCCCUUCCUUUCUUCCUCCCUCCUACCUUUCAUUCCCUCCUUCCAUUCCUUCAGGAUUACUUGUAUUAGAAAGAAAUAGCAUGAAAAGAAUGUGUGUGGAACAGCUUUCAGUUAGCUCUUUGUUAUUGUGUAUCUGGAAAUUUCAUUCUGGAGAAGAAAGAAAAACUGUGAAUCACAUUUACUUAGCAAUUCCAUGUUCAAAAAAGAUCAAACUUGGCCCUUAUGACACAUUCCCAUGAAAGUAAUAAAUGUUGGCACUUUUCCUUGCAGAAAGCACUUCAGUCUGAAUCUGAGAGAAUUAUUAUUAAAUGGGCAAUAUGCUGUGGAGUGAUUGCCAGUGAGGUGGACCUCUUUUCCAAUAAAGAAUAAAUGAGAAUGCUAACACUGA